AUUAAAUGGAUCACUCCGUAUAGACGGUUAUAACAAGCGCUCGCCUUCCUCCUCCGCCGUUCGCGCCCUCUCGUUACCGUCGUCUCCGCCCUUCGCACCUUCUUCAUUCCACCGUUUCCGACGUUUGCGCCGUUCACCAACACCCGUUCUCGCUCACCCUCUUCCACCCACAUCACCACGCCACCCAUCGCUACCACCACCAUCACCCACCACGCACCGCCACCACCGCCACUCACGCGACCACACGCCGUCGCUUUCUCUUUCGCGAGAUCCCUGUACGCCACUGUUCAUCCCACAGUCCCACCCGACGUCAGAAUUACUACCAACGUCACCGUCGUCGCGUCGACUCUACUCUCUUCGAAUACCACGGGGUUACAGUCUUGCGCGCGUGUGCUCUUUUACUACGAUUACUAUUACUAUUAUUAUUAUUUAUUAUUAUUAUUAUUAUUCGUACUGUUAUUAAUAGCAUACCACCGUUUGCAAAGGCGCGAGCACGACGUCCUUUAAUCGGUCUGACGCGCGCCACGUCGUAAACGCUCGCCGCGCCGCCGCGCCGCAGCCACCGCCACACUCGGCCACACAUAAUUAUACGUCAUGUGUCGAGGGAAAACUUUAACGGUAAACAUUUGCACGCACGAGCAGUACGCACACAUCAGCCGCGGUAGGCACAACGUUUGACUCUUUCGUCGCGAUAACAAAACAUAUAAUAGUUAUGAAUAUAGUCACUAGUGCAGUAGGUAUCUAAAUAACCUAUAUAAUAUCAAACUGGAGUGAUAUAACAGGUUUAUAAGAAUGGAGCCACAAUAUCCGGUUACUACAACAUCUAAAGCGAUGGACGAAACACUCUUCGAAUAUAAAGGUGGAUUAGCAGAUGAUUUGAAGUUUCUUGCAGCUAUCCCAGAAGUGUGUGACGUUACAUUUUUAGUCGGUGAAACACGGGAACCCGUGUGUGCAGUUAAGGCCAUACUCGCGGCUAGAAGCCGAGUGUUUUAUAAAAUGUUAUACGACACGAAUGGCAAACAACUACAACAUCAACAACACUCAAUCGGAGGUAGUUCAUCAAAACGCAGUGGAGGCUUAAUAAAGCAAUUAUCUGGUGCUGCGAGCGGGAGUCAAAACCCUCAACAACAAAAUCGUUUAAGAAUGUUAUUAAAACGUAGUUCAGAACCAUUGAUUCAACACAAUCAUCAACAGCAGUAUCAAUCACGGCAACAGCAAAAAUCACCACCGAAUAGGAACAGUAUUAAGAACAAUAGCAAAAUGGUGACUGCCGGAUCCAACGCAUCGACGUCUUGGUCGAAGUAUAAACGAGGAAGUGCCGUCGGAACUGCGGCGAUAUCGAUAAGUAAUGCUGCGAGUGUAACGUCGCCGACAGUGAUAAUAAUUGAAGAAUUCGAUGCAGACGUGUUCCGGCAGUUGGUAGAAUAUGUUCACACUGGUUGUGUGACAUUACAACCACGAACGUUACUAGGCGUGUUGAAUGCGGCUGACUGUUACGGACUGGACGAGCUGCGAGCCGCCUGUACGGGUUUCGCCGACACGGGCGGCGGCAUCACCGUGGACACAGCUUGUGCGCUGUUGGCGUCCGCUGAACGUUACAUCCACUACAAGUGCACCAAAUCGCUGGUGCAAAAAGUGCUCGAGUUCGUAGACGAGAACGGCGGACGGGUGCUCACACUUGGAUCGUUCACAUUAUUGCCACAGCACGUGGUCCGACUUAUACUUUCGCGGGACGAGUUACGAGCUGACGAAUUAACAAAAUUUCAGGCUGCGCUAAUGUGGGCGAAGAAAUGUGCCGCUGAUGCUGCCGACAACAACAAUGCCGAUUCCGAGGAUGCAGAUUGGCGUUCUCUGUUCCGGGAACACUUUGCGCCCAUCAUUCAGUAUCACAAGAUCGCAGCGAGUGUAAUUUUAGAAGAAAUAAUGCCGUUGGGAGUGGUUCCUGACCGGGAUUUGUUGUCAGCGCUUGCUUAUCAGGCUGACCCGAACAGCGUGCGGUUGGACUCCAUCACAGGGGCCGGCGACAGGGAUCAGUUGCGGUGCGGUCGACGCCGGACGAGGUCCAUGUCUGUGCAGAGUGGCGGCGCGGGCGGCGACGAGGACGACAUGCAGUCCGGCUGCCAUCAGGUGAGCGUCGCGGCCGGCCCGUCGAUCACGUCCGUCAUCAGCGGCCUGGGACAUCAGCCACCAGCCACGCCUACGCUGAGCAGUGGCGGCAGUGGUGGCAGUGCGGACGUUGUGGGCCGCCAAAAUCAGCGGCCACCGCCGCCCAGACGCCGGCGGCGCCCCUCGUCGUCUGUGCACCAUCACCAUGGACAGCGGCCGCAGCAGAAGCACCAGCACCAUCAUCACUAUCACCCGCUCAACCGGCACAACCUGUCUUCGGACUCGACCAACAGCCGUAGUUGUUGUACGAGUGAUGACGAAACGGGAGACGACUUAACGUCGUCCUAAACGCGAACGCCGCGGCCGUACGCAUCGCGUGCCCACGGAUAUAAAAGCGACGAAUCGCGUCUUCCCCUCGUCAUAUUCAUAAUUGUAUUAAAAUAAAUUAUGUAACUAUAUUAGCUGAUCCCUUGCACUUCGUCUCCCGUUAAAAAUUCCAACUCUGUACACGAGAUUUAUUUGUGAUAAUGUGAGCAGUAGGUACAUAUACUAUCGAACCCCGCUGUAGGUGCACACUCUUUACGUAUAGUAUUUUUUAUUUUUUAUUUUAACUGAGGACACAAGUGCAAAUCAGUCACCUUGGUAGGCAAUGUGAUGUGAGAAUUCGACUUGACGCAUGCUAAAACCUGACCUGCCCGAUUAACCUUUUUAAAAAAAAUAAAAAAAAUUCUAAUUUCUACUAAAAAUUAGGAAAGUUGCCCGGAAAAUAAGUUAUUAAUUAAAAUAAACUUUGCAAAUUAUAUACUAAUACACAUAUUUUACGGCACUGCAACCCUCAGGUUUCCAGCUACCUGCAACCUGACCUUUUUGUCCGUUACAUUACCUAUGUGUUUGACUUGCUCUUGUAUAUAUUUGACUUGUAGCAUUUCGAGUUCUGCGACUUAAGUUUGUUUAAAAUAUUAAGCGUGAUUUCUUUGAACUAACCAUGAUGGACAAACACUUAUCAAAAAACUCACUGUGCAAUUUUCAUUAAUUUUUCGAUUGAAUCGACUGUGAAAUGUGCACUAAGAAAUGAUAAAUCAACUAUUUUAUACCAUAGAUGAAUUUGUUUUAGACGAUAAACGUGAUGCCUUUACCGAUUUAAAUAGGGAUUCAGUUUUAUACUAUAUAUAGAGAGAUGUAAAUAUAUUAUAAAAUUUCACUUCUCGGAACAAUUCAUACACACACGCGGAUCAAACACAUUAUUAGACGGACAAAAAGGUCAGGUUGCAUGUAGGUAUGGAAAUUGGAAACCCGCUGGCCGUCGUGCCGUACAAUAUGUAUGUUGCGCAUAGAUGUACAAUUUACACGUAAAAAAAUUAUUUUUGCCGAUUUUAACCCCAUAAAAUUACAAUUUUGAAAAAUCCUUUCUUAGUGCUCUGUGAAAUUAUAAUAUUAAUCUAUCCUCAAAAUAUCAAGUCGAUAACUCUAAUAGGCUCAGCUCUGCGUUGAUUAUGGAUCAGAAACACACUUUCCUUUAUAUGUAUAUAUUAUAAUUAUUUUUAAUUAUAUUAAAAUAUUAUACUAUAUAGUAUAUAGUAAGUUCAUCCCACAUGUGCCUUCGUCUUACUAUUUAAAUACUAUUAUAUAAUACCUAUGUCUUAUACCAAAAUGCACGUUUAGCAAAUCCAAUUUUGCAUUGUUAGCACGUUACAGCAAAUUAACCUUUUAUCAAAGUGAAAUGUAAGCACAUUAUCAGCUGUAUUCUCGAUCGUUGGUUUUUUAAGAUAUCUUGAUUUUUAAGUGAAUUACAAUGAAAUAAUUUAAUAACUAAUAAUCCGAGACAAGAGAACACAGGUAAAAGCUCUUAUUACACCUUUCUUUAAAUUUGAUAAUCAGUCAAUGCUCUCUAAUAUUUAAGCUAACCACACAACGUUAGAACAGCUGAACGCACCUUUUUGUAGAUAUGUAAUAUAUGCAUCAGUAAGACGGAGACAACCAGUGACGGAUUUAAGAGGGGUCAGAAGGGCCUGCUUCGAAUACCUAAAUUAUGCAUUUAAUGGCGUACGCAGAAACUUCUAAGGGCGUUAAGGGAUUAGACUAGCCGACCCACCAUGCUAUGGGGUUAUAUUUGCUUAAAUAAAAUAAUUACACAAUAUUUAAUCAUAGUUAUCAGCUGUUAUUCAAAUAUACAAUAAAUAAGGUCCCUAUAUUUAUGUAGUGUGUAGCUAAUAGAUUCAAAAAGCAUUCCACCAAUUUCGAAGAAAGUUUCAGAGAUUAGUGUCUUAUAGAAAUACCAGAAAAGUUAGAAAAUAAUAAUUUGGAGUACGUUCAAAAAUAUACCAAGUACUAUCUUGCCCAUCUCGGUCAAAUUAGUUCAAAAAGUAGCAUCGGUAUACCGAUGCCAAUUUUCCAGUGAACUGAAGUGAACACAGCAAAGCCGAGGUACUCCGAUAAACUGCUAUAUUUUAUGUUUGUUCAUUUCUUCCUGGGCGAAGUCGGUUAGCUACAGUAUCUUAUAAAAAUCAUUUUCACGAUUUCAUGCAGUGGAAUAACAAAACUUUCCCUUUAUCGACCAAUACAUACCACGACACUAAUUUCAUACGACCAAUUGUCGUAAACUCAUCUUGACGCCCAAAGCACGCUAUUACUUGUUUCAUUAAAAUAUUUUUCAGUGGAACUUAAUCAAUCUUUAUAAGUUUAUUUAACGGCAGUAGAACAUGCUCAGUCAGUAAUUCUAAUUUUUAACAUAAUCGCUCUCACUCUUCAUCAUCUCUACUGUGUUCUUGCUUUUAACUAAUAAUGUUGAAUGAGAACCUGGAUCCAAUUUAAUUUAAAAAAUAUAAACACUGAUUGCAUCAUUAUCUCACUAUGAAAAUAACAUAAUUGCAUAUUUUAAAAAGAAAAAAAAUGUUAUAUUAUAAUAUUAUAAUAUGUUUGUAAAAAAUUAAAAUUGGCUUGUAAACUUUUUAAACGUGCCUAUGUAAAAUUCUAAAAACUUAUCCCCCAUACAGAUAUUUUAUGUGAGUAUAGUAAUUAUUUAUUUACCUUGUAUUUAAAAUCCAAAUUUGUAACUAUAUCGAUCAAAAAAAAAUUAACAAUGAAUUUUCGGAUUGUAGGAUAAGUUAAUUAAACAUUCAAUAUUACUAUCAAAUUAACACAGUUCAUCGAUCAUAAGUAAAAUUUAAGUCAAUGGAAGAAAUAUGUUGAAAUAGUGCAUUCGAUAAUGUCAAAAAAUUAGUAAAACAUUCAUGCAUUUUAAUAUUAAAGUCAUAUUUAUGCGAUAACCAUCAAAUUUAUAAAUUUAAACAUUUAGAUAGGUGUACAUGAAAAUGCAAUUAAAUCAGCCCCAAAUAAUAUAUGGUGUUAUAGUGUAUAUGCGACCACCGAUUAAGUCUUAAUUAUUAAAAUAUGUAUUUUAAUACAUUGACUAUAAUAGUUGUUAAGUGUAAUUGUUAUUGUAUUCAUAAAAAAAAACUAUUAAAAUGGGGUUAAAAUAAUAAUUUAUAUUACAUAUUACUAAAAAGAUAAAAACUACUUAUAUUGUGCUAUUUGGUAUUAAUCGUAUCAUAUUAUGUAUCUAAAAUGAAAUAGGUAGUACAUAAGGUACUAUAAGUACAUUAGAUAAUACAUAGUUAUUAGUUGUAUAGAGACACGAAUAAAAAUAUAGACAUUUAUAUAAUGCAGAAAAAUUGUUUUGUUCAAUAAUUUUUAAAAUAUAAUACCUAAUCAUAAGCCACAUCUGUUAACUACUAUAAGUCAUAACUGUCUAUAAUUAUUAAAACUGCCAUUAUAGAGUUUGAAUUUAAGUGAAAUUCGUUUAUUUCACGAGCAACAAAGUAUUGCUUAUUGGAUAAUACAGUUGUAACUUGUGUUAUUGUUUUUUGAUAAAAUGUGUACCUAUAAUUAAAGUUUUAUAGGCUAGUCAAUUUAAUGCAAUAUCUAUUAAUAUUAUAAUAUACCUACAAUAUAUCUUGAAA